GUGCCCCGCAUCGUGCUGUUGAACCCCCAGAUCCCAGUAGACGCGCAGAUCUGGAUCAAGGUCCAGUGCAACUCCAUGGUCGCAGUGGGAUCUUCCACGUCCUUCGUCGAGAGGCUUGAGAUUACACCAGUGAUUGCAGCGCACUGGGUGAAGUUCCUCAAGGAUGAGCGAGAUGCUGCUAAGAAACGGUCUGCCGAUGACGCGCAGCUGGACGAUGCAGAUGCGGGCAGCUCCGGGAACAAGGGUGACGAUGGCAACGGCAGCCGCUUCAAGGGCUUCGAGGCGAAGUACAACAAAUUCGUCAAGGAGAACUACAGGGAGAUGUUCGACGGGCUUGAGGAUUUCAAGCGCGCAGCUUUAUUCAAGAAGAGGUGCGACGCUUUGCAGAUAUGGGACAGGCUGGUGGACUGGUGGGGGGAGUUCGUGGUGUUCGAGGAGCGUCGCAUGAAUCCGAAGGCCAUGUUCCUCGUGUUCGACAAGAUCGGGGACGUGUUGGCCAAGGACAGCUACCACGGGGCCUUUGGCGAUGCGAUGUUCGAGGUUCUCAAGUACGCGGUGCCGACCGUCUUUGAGCCCCAGCCCAAGGAUGACGAUGACGAUGGGGAGGCAGAUGUCGCGCAAGAGAUUGCUACUGACGUGGACUACGUGAACCACCCGGACCGCGACGUGCGCUGGAUAUUGCAGAAGACUUCUGAUUGUAAGCGCCUGGUGCAGCUGACCACUCCGAUGGCCGACUCUUCCAUCUUCAAAGAUGCGUUGUCCGCGAGCCCUGCCAAGCGUCUGCUGACGACGGUGGCGAACCCGAAGGCAAAAGGCAAGGCUAAGCCGAAGGGGUCUGCUAAGGCCGCCGUCACGCCAGAUGCCGUGGCACAUUGCACGCAAGCGGGAUCAACAGUCCGCUCGACCAUGUUCCUGGAUGACGUGAUGAACGCUGUUGUCCACCCAGUGCGGAAAAUUGACCGUUCACAUUGGAAUACUGGUGAACUCCGCCGGAUGGUGAGGCUCGGAGUUCGCUUGGGGAUGAAGCUCCAGUCGGACAAGGGGAAGGUUGUGUUCCAGUUCGGCGACAGAGACUCUGAGGAGGAACACUUCGCACUGUGGAAGAUGUUGCGCCCUCGCAUCAUGGAUCACAUUUACGACGUGCACAGCGAGCUCGUGGAGAAGCCCAAACCCGAGGGUGAUGAUAUAAACGACUGUGCAAAAGAUGGCGUGGCGUCGACACAUCAAGAUGAUGUUGAUAUGGCUUCAUGUUUGGCCUCGCUCAACAUGGCAAUCGGCAGCGACGGCAAGAGUCGGACGAGGACUAAGAAGCUGGUCGCCGACUUCCUCACCGACAACCCUCCCUUGCAGAACCUGACGUACCUCGAGCAGACACACGUUGUCGUGACCAGGAUCAGCUCGACUCUCUUGCGCUCGAAGGGCAGGGUGUACCCAGGAGACGAUCUGCAGGACAAAAAUGCAUGGGUCGAUGAGAAGCGCAAAGUUGACAAGGAGAGUACCAUGCUGACCAUCCGGCUCCAGUCGGUCGACGCCUCCUUGGCCCAAUGGGUGGCUGAGCUCUGGGCUGACCAAUCCGACGUCGUGGCUACCCACCGCACGAGGUUCCUCUACAUUCAGAAGGCAUUGAAGCUGAUUGCAGAGAACGCGCAGUUCGGCAGCGAGCCCAUCAAGCAGUACAUCAUCAAUGGGAUCGAAUUCGGGGCCGCCGUGGAGGCCGACAUUUUCGGGUACAAUAGCGUAGAGAACGGGAACCCCUCCAGCGAGGCAUUGUGGCUCAGGGUGUUCGAGAUUGCCGAAAUCUUGAAGGGCCGAGUGGUGAAGAAGCCCGUCGUUGCAAUGUUGCGGACCGCGGUGGCGUUUUAA